GCCGACCUCGCCCGCCCCGGAAGUGCAAACACAGUCGUCUUGCUGGUGUGGAUUUUGUGGGCGACGCCGACGCUAUUUAGAGAUGCCGGGUGCCGCGGCGAAGGGCUCGGAGUUGUCCGAGAAGAUCGAGAGCUUUGUGGAAGCCCUGAAGCGGGGCGGCGGGCGGCGCAGCUCCGAGGACAUGGCUCGGGAGACCUUGGGACUACUACGGCGGAUCAUCACGGACCACCCCUGGAGCAACGCGGGGGAGCUGAUGGAGCUAAUCCGCAGGGAGGGCCGGAGGAUGACGGCCGCGCAGCCCUCGGAGACUACUGUGGGCAACAUGGUGCGGAGAGUGCUCAAGAUCAUCCGGGAGGAGUAUGGCAGACUCCACGGACGCAGCGACGAGAGCGAUCAGCAGGAGUCCCUGCACAAGCUCUUGACAUCCGGAGGCCUGAAUGAGGAUUUCAGCUUCCAUUAUGCCCAACUGCAAUCCAAUAUCGUCGAGGCAAUUAAUGAGCUGCUGGUGGAGCUGGAAGGGACAACGGAGAACAUUGCAGCCCAGGCUCUGGAGCAUAUCCACUCCAAUGAGGUGAUCAUGACCAUUGGCUACUCCCGAACAGUAGAGGCCUUCCUCAGAGAGGCUGCCCGAAAGCGGAAAUUCCACGUCAUUGUGGCAGAGUGUGCUCCUUUCUGCCAGGGUCAUGAAAUAGCCGUCAAUUUGUCCAAAGCAGGUAUUGAGACAACUGUCAUGACUGAUGCUGCCAUUUUUGCUGUUAUGUCAAGAGUCAACAAGGUAAUCAUUGGCACAAAGACUAUCCUGGCCAACGGUGCCCUGAGAGCUGUGACAGGAACUCACACUCUAGCACUGGCAGCAAAACACCAUUCCACCCCGCUCAUCGUCUGUGCUCCUAUGUUCAAGCUUUCCCCACAGUUCCCCAAUGAAGAAGAUUCAUUUCACAAAUUUGUGGCUCCUGAAGAAGUCCUGCCUUUCACAGAAGGGGACAUUCUGGAGAAGGUCAGCGUUCACUGCCCUGUGUUUGACUACGUCCCCCCAGAGCUCAUUACCCUCUUUAUCUCCAACAUUGGUGGGAAUGCACCUUCCUACAUCUACCGCCUGAUGAGCGAACUCUACCAUCCUGAUGAUCAUGUCCUAUGACCACCACUUGUCCUAAGCAGAAGUUGCUUAGGCAAACACAGAAUGGAGAGACCUCAGUGCUACUGCUGAAACACAUCCUCCUUGUAAAAAGGGACUGAACGGGAGUCAACCUAAAAGAAACUUGAUACUUUUCCUGCCUUUUCAGUCAUCCCCUUAACAAGCCAGGACUGUUUUUUACCUUUCAGAUCUUAACACAGCAGCAAGGCUUGACCUAUUGAUUUUGGAGCCUCUUAGUGACAUGGUUGCAUCUGCGUCAGGAGCUUAAACUUUCUGGUUCAGUGAUGUGUUAAACAUAACACUGAAUACCUUGCUGCGGGAUAGAGAUUUUCGCUCAGAAAUGCCUACCACACCUUUUCCUAGGCUCUGCCAAUAAAAGCUACUUGAAGGUUCC